GGUCCCCACCCUGCCAGGCCUGCUUCUGAUUGGCCAGUGGGAGGGGGCUGGGCCAACUGUCCUAUCCUGUUCAAUAACAGUGAGGAGGGAGAUGAGGGAAACACCAAUGGACAGCAUGUAUAGUCUUGUAUUGUCCGUGUGUCUUUUGACUUUGUAUGGUUUUGAUUUGAAUGGAUGUUUCUGACAAUAAUAUAAAUAUCUCUCCAUCUCCCUCUGUCUUCCCUUACACCUAUCUCUCCAUCUCCCUCUGUCUUCCCUUACACCUAUCUCUCCAUCUCCCUCUGUCUUCCCUUACACCCUUCUCUCCAUCUCCCUCUGUCUUCCCUUACACCCCCAAUCUCUUCCUUCUCCAUCUCCCCUCUGUCCUUCCCUUACACCCAUCUCUCCAUCUCCCUCUGUCUUCCCUUACACCCAUCUCUCCAUCUCCCUCUGUCUUCCCUUACACCUAUCUCUCCUUCUCCCACUCUGUGUGCCUCUCUUCACCCCCCUCUAUCUCUCCCCUUUCUCUCCCUCAGGCUGAUGCUGUCACAAGUUUUCUGCGGGCAGCUCGUUCUGGUAACAUGGACAAGGCCGUCGCCGACCAUCAAAAGAACGGCAUAGACCAUCAACACAGCCAAUCAGGUGAGAGAGCUGCAAGGCCCAGUAGCCAAUCAAAAUGCUUGUGGAGAGUGCAUCAAUACAUGUCCCCAAACUCUGAGAUUCAUUUUGGAUUUACCAGGAUCAAUCAAAGCCUUCCUCUUUGUAAAAGUCUCAAUCAGCUAAUGGAACUGAUUUAUUACACACUCUUUCAUUUAAUUUGUCCAUUGGCUGUGGAACUAGUAUUUCACAGUGUUGCGUCAUCAUACUGCAGCACUAGAAUAAUGCAUGAAUAAAAGUAUGAAAACAAGUUAACUACUGUAUAGGCACAUUAGAUCAAAUAAAUAUGAGUCAUCUUUCAGACCAUGUCAAAACGACAGCGCACACACACACACACACAUACACACACAGGAAGAGUCUUAUCAGCAAAGUUCAGAUGCAGUGUUAUGAAGGGAGAACAGGAAUGGAUAGAGGGAAAGAGGAAACAUGGAAGAGUGGGAAAUGGCAAGAGAGAGAGGAAAGAAUAGUUUAGAGUCAUUGGCUAACACUAAUGGCUUUUAUCUUCCAAUGCAGCGCAACACUAAAUCUAGUCAGUGUAGGGCAUCCCACAAACACAUGUUACAGAAGCAAUCUAAGAAACUCUUAAGUUGAUAAAAUGCUGAGUGUUACUGUGAGAUGGAUAUAAUCACUGUGGUAACUAACCAACCCCCCCCCCCCCCCCCCCCCCCCCCCCCCCCCCCCCCCCCCCCCCCCCCCCCCCCCCCCAGCCCCCGCACUUUCCUCUGCUCAUCCAACUAUUUACUUUUUUCACAACUGCCACUAGUUUGACGCCAAGACAUUGACAACAAAUACAUAUUGACAUAGUAAAAUAAAUAAAAGUGUCAAAACAAUAUAUAAAGGAUAUUUCAUGCUGAAACCCUCAUAUUGAACAUCAAUGGUAUUCACUGCCGAUGUGCCGUUGAGCAAGGCGCUUAACUCUAAUUGCUCCUGUAAGUCACUCUGGAUAAGAGUGUCUGGUAAAUGUAAUAAUUCCCUACAUAAUGCACUACUUUUGACCAGGGCCUAUAGCACUACAUAGAGAAUAGGGUACCAUUUUGGACUCACCCAUUGGCUCUCUCUUGGCUUGGAAUGUGUUUGAUGUGACAUCAGCCAGCAGAAUAUCUGUCUUGGCUCUGGAUCUAACUCAGUGUACAGUGUGUUCUGUUCUGCUCCAAUACCUGCUGUGUGGAUUGUCCCUGACUGUGUGUACUGUAUAUCAUUGUUUGUGUUGGAUGAAGUUAUUUUUGUGUGUAAGAUUUAAAUGUGUGCAAAAUGUGUGUGUGUUUGCUUGAUAUGUCUGUACUGUGUGUGUGUGUGUGUGUGUGUGUGUGUGUGUGUGUGUGUGUGUGUGUGUGUGUGUGUGUGUGUGUGUGUGUGUGUGUUUUGAGGCCCAAGUAGCCAGUCUCUCAGCAGUAGGUGACAGGUAGGACAGAGGGGGGCUCAGGGGAAGGUGUUAAAGAGGGCAGGGGUUACUCCUCAGGCCCCUCUCCUCCACACUGCCUGCUUUACCCUGACGGCUGCUCCCUUGGUGGCCAGAGACGACCACGCCGCGAGGGGAAUGAGGUUGCCUACAGGCCAUACAAACAGGGCAGCAGUGUGUGUGUGUGUGAUUCUCCAGCUCAUUAGACCAGCUUAGCCUUGGUUUGCUAAACACUCUACUUCUGUACUAUAAUGCUGCCAGCACUAAUGCUACAAUCAAGAUUAGCAUCAAGCACAUUCCCAGGUUAAAAGCUCAUAACGAACAUAGGAUUCAAAACAUACAUACAAGUUGGCGUAAAGAGACCUCAGGCUGCUGAAGAGAGACACCCUGUGGACAAACAGGAACCCUACAGCCAUAAUCUGUACAUUCUAUCUGCAAUCUCAGUGUACCAUUGACAGCCAGACUCAUGCCAUUCUCCUUCAAAUCAUGUAUAAUGCAAUGUGUGUCAUUUCAUACCAAGUCUGUACUAGUGUUUUGGAAUUGUCUCAAGUGUGUUGAGUGAGGUUGCGAAAUUGGAUGUGAUAUUGGUUAUGUGUUGUGUGUGAGUGUCUCCCAGUGUGUUGUUGUUGUUGUAUUUGUUGUGUGCAGAGUGAGGUGUCAGCCUGAUGGAGGUUCGGUGGAGGCUUGGCUGUGGCAGUCGUGUCUCUCGUACCCAGUCUGAGUAGAUACCUCCGUCAUGGGCUAGCUCACCGGCCACCCAGAUGCACUGCCUCUCUCCCUCCCCUCCCUAUCGACCUCCCUCCCACUUCCUCCUCAACCCUCCUCUCCUCACACCCUUAUAACCCCUCAAGUUAUUUCUCUCUUAGUCCCUCUACUUCUUUUUUGCAUCAUCCCUGACUCCUUCUACCAGUUUUUAUUUUUUCCCCUCCCUUGUCAUUCUCUUUAUCCCUCAUGCUCCCUUUCCCAUCUCUGCUUCUACGCCUCCCCCCUUCUCCUCCCUCCCUCCCUCCCUCCCUCCCACUCCGGUCUGCAGUAGAGUGAUGGUGUGCUGUGGUCUCUCCACUCAGAGGAAUAAUAUCAGUGGUGUGGGAAAGGUCCAACCUCACAUGUCCUGUGUCACUGAAGGAAGGCUGUGUGAGGUCAGACCUAUCUCACACAGCUCGUAUUCUUCCCAGCUCCGAGACCACCGGCCUGCCAUCCCCCUCCCAUCCUCUUCCUCCUCCUCCUCCUCCUCCUUACCAUCAUCAUCUUCAUCAUCAUAAUUCGGUCACCGUUAUCGCUAACUGAGCACUGUUAAUUUCUAGUAGAUACUGUGUGUGUAGAGGCUGUUUGUCCAAACCAUACAGUACAGUUGGACUCAGUUACAUACUUUUGCAUUUUAUACAUCUAGGAAGUGCUGUAUAAUAGGGUCUGGGGAUCUGAUCCUUUGGUGUGUGUCAGUGUGCUGUGUGAGAUUGCGUUCAGUGUGUGGGUUCUGACUUUGUUGGUGUGAUUGUGGUGUGUGAGAGCGGAGUGUCUGAUGGAGGCCCAAAGGUCUGUAUUUUUUAGUUCUAUGUGUGCAGUGUGUGUUAGGGACCCUACAGUAUGAGGUCUCCUCUUCUCUCUCUCCUCCCUCAGAAUGGGCUCAACGGGUUGCAUCUGGCCUCUAAAGAAGGCCACGUUAAAAUGGUGCUGGAGCUACUACAUGGAGGCAUCGAUGUGGAAACCCAGACUAAGGUACUCACACAACCUCCUGCACUAUACCACAUUACCACUCAUGUACUCCACGAAGCCUAUGCCACCACCAAAGUACAAUAUACUGCAUACUCAAAUGAUUCUACUUACCGUAAAACUUCAAUUAAACACUGAGUCUCAAAUAGCUUCUUGUCCCUUAGCCGGGCAACGGCAUACUUUUCAUCAAAUAAACACCUGUUUCAAAUAAAUGCCUGGUCUAAAUGAAUUGUUUACGAGGUUACCAUGAAUUACCAUGAAUUGUUUAGAAGAUUUAAUUUUUGAUUUGUUAUAUUAAACAAUUCAGUAAUGACUUGAAUAAAUUAUGGCAAUCAUCCGUUUAUAUCGCCAGUAAGAAACUGCUAACCAGUGACUGCUAACAGCUGAGAACUGCUAGCUAACUGGCAAGCACAAAAACAGUCAACAACUUCGGGAGUACAGACCCCCAGAAAUCGGCCAAUCGCCCACAGGCGAAAGUAAGAACUGGCGAAGAUGCACAGUUAAAGAGGAGAAUAAUUAUUCUGUCAAGGAAGUUAUUUUUUCCAAAAUAGAGGCAUACUAAGACAACAGAAACGUGACACAGUGUGUAAAUGGUAACACAUUACUGCAGGAAAUUAAGAAAUUGAUUAAAUUGCUGGAAGUGAAUGCUGCAAUUAAAACAAUUAACUACGCAAAUGAGCAAAAGCUGUGUGCAUUAAGGAAAUAAUAGAUGCUCAAAUAGAAGCAUGUCUCUAACAAGCACCUGUUGUGUUCAGUGAUUUAAGCAAAUAAACGCCCGGGCUAUUAAUGGAAGUUUUACGGUGUUAAAGCUUACUACUUCUCACAAGUACUACAGUACUUUAGAUGCUUUCACACAGACACUACUCUAUGUCUCAUGUCUUCUCUUGCCUUGUGCCUCCACAGAAAGGCAACACAGCUCUGCACAUUGCUGCCCUGGCUGGGCAGGAGCACGUUGUAGCAGAGCUGGUAAAUUACGGGGCCAACAUCAAUGCCCAGUCCCAGGUGAGACCCCCACCAGUGUCGGAAGAGACCCCGACCCCACUGGCAGACCCCCCUGCAGAAGAGCCACCAGCCACAACGGAUACACAUACAGUUAGAUACAGUUAUAAUACAGUUAUUCUGCAUUAUACUGCAUGGAACUCAGGGUUUGGGGUCUGAAUUUCUGAAUGUAUUUCAAUUCAACCCAUGAAUUGAAAUUUGAAUUUGAAUUAAAGGAAGUAUAAUUUAAUUCAAAGAAAUUCAACUGAGACAUGAAACAUGAAAGUCUCAUUCCUUUGCCACAUCUGCCAGUUAUUACAAAAAUAAUAUAGAUACCAUUUCAAACAUAAGCUUGAUUAUAACUGACAUAUUUCAUCAGCAUUUUGAUUUGUAUUUUUGUCAUGAAAUGUUAGGUAGUUCCCUUCCAUUCUGGAGUGUUUGAUCUGAUGGUAAAUGUAUAUAUGUAAGUAAAUUAUGAAUUAUUACAGACAACCUACAAAAUGAUCUUAGAAUAUUUCCAGACCACUGUAAUUAUUUAAAACUUAAACUUAAAAAUGAAAUGUUUCAAUAUGUUAUAAAUAGUAUAGUACUGUACCAUACAUGAUGUCAAAAUAAAUAUUUGUAUAGUGAAUUGUAGCUAUUUGAAAUUCAUUGAAUUUAUUUAUUUCAAAUUCAAUGCAAUUUCUGCUUCCUGUGGGAUGUGCCCAAUUCAAUCAAAAUUCAAGUAUUGCUGUGAGCAGCAUUGAGAGCAGCAUUAACAGGAUCUGAGUAAUAGGAAUAGCACCUCUUGGUCACCCGUUGGGCACUCUGGCAAUGAAAAGGGCAAAGGCCAUACCUUUAAGCAUGUUUACCAAUUGCAUGUUUUCCAAAUUGCACGAUUUUACCUCUAAUACGUGAUGAGGUAUGUCUAAUACAUGCUACCAUGCUACUGAAAUAGACUGCUGUCCCUUCCAACUUCAUGUUUACCAAAUUCCUACGGUUCAAUAGUUAUAGCCUUCAGUGCACAGUUGCGCCUCAGAAAAGGCCAUCUUUGACCACAGUGAAUUUUCCUUAGCAAUUUAGCUAGGGACUAGUUCAGAGAUUCUACAUACCAAAUAUUCAGUGAAUCUGAGUUGUGGUUCAUGUGAAGAAGAAAUUUAAACUAAUUUUAGCAUUAGCAUUAUGCUAGCACCUUUUGGUCAAAGUUAAAUGACCUGUGGUUUUCAUGUUAUUUUAAGAUAUCAACACUAAACUUGGUACAUAUCUUCAGGGACAUGUUGUCAAUCAUUUGUACGAGUUGGAUUUGAUAGUUUGGGCAAAUGUUUUGAAUGUGUUUUGAAUGUGUGCAUGGUUUUUAAUUAACUGUAGUGCUACCUAGGGGCCAAUGAGUGCAUCAUAGGUACGCAUGAUGGGUUCUACCAUCCUGCCAAAUUCUACAAUGUUUUACCAAUGUGUUGUUGAGAUAUUGACCAAAAGGAAAAAUGCACAAAGAAGAACACUAACAAAAGCAAUAGGAUUCCUGCACCUUCGGCGCUAGGAUCCCUAAUUAAAGAGAGCAAUUUGCAAUACAAUUCAGAAUUGACCCCAACCCUUUGAGUAAAAAUAAAGAAAGAAAGUCGCACACUCUAUAUAUGCUCAUUAAUUUGUUGGUAGCAUUUAUAGUGUGCAACUUUCUUUAUUUUUACACAGUUUCAGUUAACUAUUCCGUUAGUCAGCACCUCUACUAACAUUUUUGGGUGUGCAUAAGCUCCUGCAUUUGGCCCAACCCCCGAUUGAAACAUGAUGUUAGGCCAUCAUACACUCUUAGAAAAAAGGUGCUAUCUAUAACCUAAAAGUGUUCCCUAUAGGAAAACCCUUUGCAGAAUCCUUUUUGAUUCCACGUAGAACCCUUCUACCUGGAACCAAAAAGGGUUCUCCUAUAGGGACAGCCGAAGAACUCUUUUGGAACCCUUUUUUUCUAAGAGUGUAUUAGCUCAAUGCAACACUGUUAAUAUCUGUCUGCCUUCUUGUCUUUCUGUGUGCUUGUGCUUCCUCUGUGUUUAUGUGUGUGCUUGUGCUUCCUUUGUGUGUGUAUGUGUGUGUGUGUGUGUGUGCGUGUGUGUGUUGCUGCUGUGUUGUGCUCCUCCCUGUGUGUAUGUGUCCAUGUGUGUGUCUGUCUGUAACAGAAGGGCUUCACUCCGCUCUACAUGGCCGCACAAGAGAAUCAUCUAGAAGUUGUGAAGUUCCUUUUGGAGAACGGGGCCAAUCAAAGCAUUCCUACUGAGGUAACAGCCAAUCAGCAGAGUAUAGGGUUGCAAAAUUUAGGGCCUACCGAGUGGCGCAGGGGUCUAAGGCACUGCAUCGCAGUGCUUGAGGCAUCACUCCAGCCCAGGGUUCGAUCCCAGGCUGUGUCACAGCCGGCCAUGACCUGGAGACCUAUGAGGCGACGCACAAUUGGCCCAGCGUCGUCAGGGUUAGGGGACGGUUUGGCCGGCCAGGAUUUCCUUGUUCCAUCCCGCUCUAGCGACUCCUUGUGGUGGGCCGGGCGCCUGCAAGCUGACUUCGAUCACCAGUUGUACAGUGUUUCUUCCAACACAUUGGUGCGGCUGGCUUCCGGGUUAAGGGAGCAGUGUGGCAAGAAGCAGUGCAGCUUGUCAGGGUCGUGUUUUCGAGGACGCAUGGCUCUCGACCUUCGCUCCUCCCGAGUCCGUAGGGGAGUUGCAGCAAUGGGACAAGACUGUAACUACCAAUUGGGGAGAAACAAUUCCCAGGUUUUUCAGGAAUCCAGGUUGGAAAAUUCCCAGAAUCAGGAAGGUAUAAGCAGGAAAUGAUUCCAUUUCGAACUUUACACCACACCUCCUGCACUAUUCCCUGUAUCGCUUAUCAAUCCUUUUGACUCUCACUGUCCUUCCCUUCCCCAUCUGUCUCUCUGGGUCACUAAACCUUUCUUCACCCCUGUCUCCUCUCCUCUCUCCUCUGUCAGGAUGGCUUUACCCCUCUCGCCGUGGCUCUUCAGCAGGGACAUGAGAACAUUGUGGCCCUGCUCAUCAAUUACGGCACCAAGGGCAAAGUUCGCCUCCCCGCGCUGCACAUAGCGGCGCGGAACGAUGACACGCGCACUGCUGCUGUACUUUUACAGAACGACCCCAACGCAGAUGUCCUGAGCAAGGUAGGUACUCACUAUGUGUUUGUCUUCACUUAGUUUAGUGUGUCCCACAGCGAGUGGAGGAGAUGAUACUUGUAAAAUUAGAACACAUCAAGGCCGUCAGCAUAAGAGCUCUGGUCUCCUGUGUGUCCCUACAGACAGGCUUCACACCGCUCCAUAUCGCUGCACACUACGAGAACCUGAACGUAGCCCAACUGUUGCUUAACAGAGGAGCCAAUGUCAACUUCACCCCUAAGGUAUGUCUGUUCCCCUCUGCUCUAGCAUCACUGACACAUAGUAUUGUUACCAGUCCCUCACUGGUCUGUUUCUGGUUUUACUGCUUAUCCCCUCUGGAAUUCUCUCUAGAACGGCAUCACACCUUUGCACAUCGCAUCCAGGCGGGGGAAUGUGAUCAUGGUACGACUCCUGCUGGACCGAGGGGCACAGAUUGAUGCCAAGACCAAGGUACUGUACUGCAUCCCCUUUGUCUCUCUCUAGUCUCUAGUGUCGACCCCUUCUGGUCAAGCCCUGUCCUGUUACACAAAUGAUACUAUAUUGUCCUAGACCAGUGGUUUACUGUCCUCUCUCUCUCUCGCCCCAGGAUGAGUUGACUCCACUGCACUGUGCAGCCAGGAACGGACACGUGAGGAUCAUUGAGAUCCUGUUGGACCAAGGGGCUCCCAUCCAGGCCAAGACCAAGGUACACCUAACGCUAAUCCACCAAGGCCUGAUCCCUGGACAGUUGUGCUCAAAUACUGUAUGCAUACAACACAAUAAGUAAUGGAUCCCCCCCCCCCCCCCCCCCCCCCCCCCCCCCCCCCCCCCCCCUCCUACAGAACGGCCUUUCUCCCAUCCACAUGUCAGCACAGGGGGACCACAUGGACUGUGUGAGGCAACUUAUGCAAUACAAUGCUGCAAUUGAUGACAUCACGCUGGACCACCUGACCCCCCUGCAUGUGGCGGCCCACUGUGGGCACCACCGCAUGGCCAAAGUGCUGCUGGACAAGGGAGCCAAACCCAACUCCCGUGCACUGGUCAGUACUACAAUCAUGCAUACCUACCUAUAUACAGUACUAUACAUUCAUUACACACAUACACACACACACACCUUGUUCUGUCAGUGUGCAGCUGUGUUGAGGUGAUGUGCCUUAGUGACCCUGCUGUUGUGUCCUCAGAAUGGCUUCACUCCGCUUCACAUCGCCUGUAAGAAGAACCACAUGCGUGUGAUGGACCUGUUGCUGAAACACUCUGCUUCCCUAGAGGCUGUGACAGAGGUGAGAGAGAUUGUUGCGAGAGAAAGAGAUGGAAUGUAUGCUAGGGAAAGAUAAAAGAGGGAUUCUGCCAAGGAGAGAGGGAUGAUUGUUUCAUUGUCUGUUUUUUCUCUCCCCAGUCUGGCCUGACCCCUUUACACGUGGCCUCGUUCAUGGGCCACCGCAAAAUAGUCACCAUCCUGGUACAGAAGGGAGCUUCCCCCAGUGCCUCCAAUGUGGUGAGUCCCCUCCCCAUCCAGCCACCUCAUCACUGACUGAACCAGCUCCUCUAGUCCCUUUUCACAAUGCAUUUGUGUUAUGUAUUUACACUAUUUACACAUUGUGUUUGUCUGGUUGUGUGUGAGCAGAAAGUGGAGACUCCUCUCCACAUGGCAUGUAGAGCAGGACACUAUGAGGUGGCAGAGUUCUUACUGACCAAUGCAGCACCAGUAGACGCCAAGGCCAAGGUAAUGACUUCACACACCUUUACACACACACACACACACACACACACACACACACACACACACACACACACAAACACAAUCGGAACAACAUUCAAUUCUCUUGCUAGUUCCCCACAUGACUCCCAACACCGUGUUUAUGUACCUCUCCUCCCUCUCUCCUGUCCUCCGCCACACCAUGUCCAGGAUGACCAGACACCGCUCCACUGUGCGUGUCGGAUGGGCCACAAGGAGCUGGUCAAGCUGCUGCUGGAGCACAAGGCCAACCCCAACUCCACCACCACGUCCGGACACACACCCCUCCACAUCGCUGCCCGCGAGGGACACGCUCAGACCACACGCAUCUUACUGGACAUGGAGGCCCAGCAGACUAAGAUGACCAAGGUAAAGUAUUUAUUCCGACGCCUACACACUCUAAUCUCUCUGGAUGUUUCUCUAUGUGGGACUGUGGCCUGUGUGCUCUCCCUGAUGUCUCUCUAUCUCUAUCUGGGAUGUCUCUGCAGAAAGGCUUCACUCCUCUCCAUGUGGCUUCUAAAUAUGGCAAAGUGGACGUGGCAGAGCUGCUGCUGGAGAGAGGGGGCAACCCUAAUGCUGCUGGCAAGGUAAGGGUUGUAGAAACAGGGAUGAGGGAAGAUGAGGGGUAUGUGGAGGGAAGGGUCAAGGUAUUUUGAGAUUGAAGGAUGCUAGAGUAAAGUUAUGGUGGAUUAUAUGUGUGUGUCUCCUUUACCUUUAGAAUGGCCUGACUUCUCUCCAUGUGGCUGUCCAUCAUGACAACCUGGACGUGGUUAACCUGCUGGUCAGCAAGGGAGGCUCCCCACACAGUGCAGCUAGGGUGAGAGACCAGACAAACACACACACAAAUAUAAUUGUACGAUACACUAAUACCCCUUUGGUUCUCUGUUUUAGAAUGGCUACACCCCUCUCCACAUAGCAUCGAAGCAGAACCAGGUGGAGGUUGCUAGCAGCCUUCUGCAGUACGGAGCCUCGGCCAACGCUGAGUCCAUCCAGGGGGUCACACCCCUCCACCUGGCUGCUCAGGAGGGCCGGCCAGACAUGGUCACCCUGCUCAUCUCCAAACAGGCCAACGUCAACCUGGGGAACAAGGUGAGGCCUCAGGGACUGAUACAGGGAAGAAGUUAGGAUUAUUUGGGUGAGCCCUGUUAGUUCUGCUAUAACAAGAUGCCUUAUCUUAGCCCCUGGCUCCUCUCCCCUCAGAGUGGACUGACUCCUCUCCACCUGGUGGCACAGGAAGGCCACGUGGGCAUCGCUGACAUCCUGGGGAAGCAGGGGGCAUCAGUAUAUGCUGCCACACGGGUAAGACCACACACCUGUUGACCUCUAGGACAGUCUCACUGAUCAAUAGCUCCCAGCGACAUAUACUGUACAUCAGGACUUAUUAUAGCAUCUCAGUAGAUAAUAUGAUAUAGGAUAUUGCAGUAGAUAAUAGGAUACUAUACAUGAAAACUCCUUUGUGCCAGGUUGUUGAGAGUUGGUAUAAAGUACACACCCCUGCCUCAUCAUGAGAUACACACUGUUACAGUUUGUUAUCUGAAGCUAAUCUUAAAUUCAAUGAAUGUUAAUGCAAGGUCAGUAUGGUAUGGAGCCUAACAGUAACAGUGCUACAUGAUGAAUGAUGGGGGCUCCAUGGAAAAUAGAGUGUCGGAGACGUGACCUUUCCUCUCCUUGGUAUAAAUUGCCACUGACUGCUUCUCCUGGCUUAGGGUUACGUUACCAACAUCAAUAAUAAUAAUAAACAACCCCUAACCACACUCAGGGAAGGGGCCUCCAUGGUUCACUAGACAACAUUACCCUAAAACUCAGUGUAUCAACCGCAGAGCAUAUAGGGUAAAGGGGACACACACUAUAGAUAUUGUGUAGUGUGUACAGUACCAGUCAAAAGUUUGGACACACCUACUCAUUCAAGGGUUAUUCUUUAUUUUUUACUAUUUUCUACAUUGUAGAUUAAUAGUGAAGACAUCAACACUAUGAAAUAACACAUAUGGAAUCAUGUAGUAACCAAAAAAGUGUUAAACAAAUCAAAAUAUAUUUUAUAGUUGAGAUUCUUCAAAGUAGCCACCCUUUGCCUUGAUGACAGCUUUGCACACUUUUGGCAUUCUCUCAACCAGCUUCAUGAGGUAGUCACCUGGAAUGAAUUUCAAUGAACAGGUGUGCCUUCUUAAAAGUUAAUUUGUGGAAUUUCUUUCCUUCUUAAUGCGUUUGAGCCAAUCAGUUGUGUUGUGACAAGGUAGGGGUGGUAUACAGAAGAUAGCCCUAUUUGGUAAAAGACCAAGUCCAUAUUAUGGCAAGAACAGCUCAAAUAAGCAAAGAGAAACAACAGUCCAUCAUUACUUUAAGACAUGAAGGUCAGUCAAUCCGGAACAUUUCAAGAACUUUGAAGUUUCUUCAAGUGCAGUCGCAAAAACCAUCAAGCGCUAUGAUGAAACUGGCUCUCAUGAGGACCGCCACAGGAAAGGAAGACCCAAAGUUACCUCUGCUGCAGAGGAUAACUUCAUUAGAGUUAACUGCACCUCAGAUUGCAGCCCAAAUAAAUGCUUCACAGAGUUCAAGUAACAGACACAUCUCAACAUCAACUGUUCAGAGGAGAGGUCUUCAUGGUCGAAUUGCUGCAAUGAAACCACUACUAAAGGACACCAAUAAGAAGAAGAGACUUGUUUGGGCCAAGAAACACGAGCAAUGGACAUUAGACUGGUGGAAAUCUGUCCCUUGGUCUGAUGAGUCAAAAUUUGAGAUUUUUGGUUCCAACUGCCGUGUCUUUGUGAGACGCAGAGUAGGUGAACGGAUGAUCUCCACAUGUGUUGUUCCCACCAUGAAGCAUGGAGGAGGAGGUGUGAUGAUUUGGGGGUGCUUUGCUGGUGACACUGUCAAUUAUCUAUUUAGAAUUCAAGCCACACUUAACCACCAUGGCUACCACAGCAUUCUGCAGCAAUACGCCAUCCCAUCUGGUUUGCGCUUAGUGGGACUAUCAGUUGUUUUUCAACAGGACAAUGACCCAACACACCUCCAGGCUGUGUAAGGGCUAUUUGAGUGAUGGAGUGCUGCAUCAGAUGACCUGGCCUCCACAAUCACCGGACCUCAACCCAAUUGAGAUGGUUUGGGAUGAGUUGGACCGAAGAGUGAAGGAAAAGCAGCCAAUAAGUGCUCAGCAUAUGUGGGAACUCCUGCAAUUCCUCAUGAAGCUGGUUGAGAGAAUGCCAAGAGUGUGCAAAGCUGUCAUCAAGGCAAAGGGUGGCUACUCAUAGUUUUGAUGUCUUCACUAUUAUUCUACUAUGUAGAAAAUAGUAAAAAUAAAGAAUAACCCUUGAAUGAGUAGGUGUGUCCAAACUUUUGACUGGUGCUGUAUGUGUUGAAUUUGUAAUCAUGUGUUAGUUAGCUAUCCAGUUAUUAGUGUGUGCUGAUUGUAUUUGAUACUGAUGGGGUCCUACUCUGUGUUUCUAUCCCACGUCAUGUCUCUGUUUCAGAUGGGAUACACCCCUCUCCAUGUUGCCUGUCACUAUGGCAAUGUAAAGAUGGUGAAGUUCCUCCUGCAGCAGCAGGCCAAUGUCAACAGCAAGACUAAGGUGAGCACCUCCCUCUGGACACCAAUGGAACUACACUUACCCCAAAUGAUCCUGCAUUGUUAAUAGUGAAGCACAGUAAUAUGAACUGGCUAUUUGAUGUGAUUAUUUUCAUUGUGUCUUGUCAGUAUGUUAAUGAUUGUGUCUCUGUCCCCCAGGUUGGUUACACUGCCCUGCACCAGGCAGCCCAACAGGGCCACACAGACAUCGUCACCUUACUGCUCAAACAUGGAGCCCAGCCGAACGAGGUUGCCACUGUACGCACCACUGCCUUUCACUCCCUUUCAGUCCUCCACCUCAUCCAUCAUCCUCCUCCAACACGCCAUCAUCUGUUCAAUGACUCUCUCUCAGUCUAUCUCCUCUCUCUCUCUCUCUCUCUCUCUGUUAGAACGGUAUGUCAGCCCUGUCUAUCGCCAAGCGGUUGGGGUACAUCUCUGUAAUCGACGUUCUCAAACUAGUUACAGAGGAGACGGUUUCCAUGGUGAGGAGUAAAUAAGUACCACUGUUGAUCAUCUGAGUCUGUGUAGAAGUACUUUUUGGUGUUGUCAAAUAUCUUCAACUAAUAAUGUUUAUAUUCCUCUCGAUGCAGACAUUAUAUACAUUUUUGAAUAGUUUGUAAUCCUUCCAUGCUGCUCUUUAUUCUGUCUUGAACCUGUCUCUCUUUUCUCUCUUCUCCCAUUCUCUCCCUCAGACCACCACAGAGAAACAUCGUAUGAGUUUCCCAGAAACAGUGGAUGAGAUAUUGGACGUAUCAGAGGAUGAAGGUACACAACACUUACAAUACGUUACAGACAGAACACAAGGAGACAGAUUCAGUACUGAACACACUUUCUCCUCCUUUUGGCCAGAUAGAAGAUGUAUUGUACUUUAAUUUGUAUUAAUAGUGAGAUUAUAGCUAUACAAAUACCUCAUUAUAUUUUAUGGCACAAUUAGUUGCCAGUCCAUUCUGUUUAAAAAAAUGUCUGAACACUUUGAAUAGACUUAUUAGAAAUUAUUUGUAACUGUGCACAGCCUCCUAAAAUAUGCCUCUUUUGCUUUUUGAUUGUUUUUUAGGAAUUGCACAGCUAACAAUAGGUAUGACUGUCUCCUUCUCUCUUCUCUGUGCGGUGCUCAUAGGUCGUCUUAGAGUGUGUGGCUCCAUUUCAAGCUUGUGACAUCUUUCUUUCCGCCUCUCUUUCUCUCCACUUCUCUUUCUCUCCACCUCUCUUUCUCUCCACCUCUCUUUCUUUCCGCCUCUCUUCUUUUACGCCUGGUCCUUUUGCGACUUUCUAUCUCUCCUGAUGCUCACUGUGGUGCAUGCAUUUCAUGGCUCCAUGUCUAUAACCUUUCUUUAUCCCUCCAGUAACAUAGACCUGACUCUCAGUCACUAACUCCCCAGAUCAGAUGUAUUCUAUCUUUCUCCAUGUCACUGCGGCUGGGGGCUGGGGACUGGGGGUGGCUGUCCUCACCAGCCUACUGGGUGAAACAGCACAGCAUACUGUACUGUAAGAGAAAAGCCCUGUAGUGGAGGUUGGACACUCACCCAUUAAGUGUAUCAAACCAUUCACUACGAUUUUAAUCAAGGUGAAAAUUGAAUUAUCUAGUUAAAACAUUUGCCAAAGCUACUGUACUGUAUCAACAUUCCAAGAUGUUACUGUACCAACAUUCCAAGAUGUUACUGUACUGUAUCAACAUUCCAAGAUGUUACUGUACUGUAUCAACAUUCCAAGAUGUAUCAACAUUCCAAGAUGUUACUGUACUGUAUUAACAUUCCAAGAUGUUACUGUACUGUAUCAACAUUCCAAGAUGUUGAUGGUGUUGUCUGGAUGUUGUUGUCUUGUUGAUGUUGUUGUUAUGAUGUAUUUAUCAAUGUUCCUCCAUUGUGAUCCACUACAUCCGCUGUCAUUUGUAUAGUCUGUUUCUGUAGUGUGUAAAGACGUGUGUGUGCUGUGUGUGUUUGCAGUGCUGUCCAUAUACUGUGAGGCAAUGAGAACGUAGUAAUGGUGCGACAAAAACAGUUUUGCACAAAAGUCUUCAAAAUCCCACGGGUGUCUUAUCAACCAGUAAAGGUCAAAGUGUAAAUGUUACAACACCUUGACAAUGAUGUCAGAGGAAGUCACAUCCUUAUAUUUUUAGCUCCCUGAUAAUUUAACUGACAGAUUGUCACCGUUGGUCUAAAAUUAGAAAGUAGCUUAGUUGCUGUUUUAAAGACACAGAUCACUUAUUUGCUCAAAUGAUGGAACAUACAGGCAUAUUCCUCUCACACACACACAUACACAUACUUUACACUUCUGAUUUUCAAAACAUCUGACACAAACACUCGUUAAAGGCGAGAAGAGGAGGUGAGUUGACUCAUUUUAAACCUGUGGAAACACACAUACAGACUCACUGGUAAUUAUGCCCUCACCAUUGAUUUGGCUCCGGACCAUGUCCAGGCACCCACUCAAACACUCACCAAAGCCAACCCUAACACCUCUCGUGCUGAUUGAUACACAGACACAAGCACAUGCAUUAACAGAACAAUUGUGUUUGGCGCUGUUGACUUCUCUCCAGUUAGCUCAGGAUUUGAGGGGGUAAGUAACUAUAACCUGCCUCCACUCAUCUUCCUGGAAGAAACUAAGAUGGGUAGAGAAACACAGAUAAGAGAACAUAAUAGCUUAAGUGAAAAUAGAUGGUUUUGAUUCAUGAGUGCUUUUUUGUAUCCGCCAUGCCAGUCUCUUGUGAAGUACAUACUGUACAUAGUAUAUGUAUUUUAUGUAUUUUAUGUACUCUAUGUACUCUAUGUACUUUGUGUUUUGUUUUUUACAAGAAUGCCCCUCAGCCAGGACUCCCAGAGGGAGAGAAAAAACCUCUCAACCCUGUUUAAAUCAAUUUAAUCCAGCCAGAUUGGGUCCAUGUUGAUGUGGACUAUCAGGGGACAGGGAAACCCCAAUGGACAUGGCUGUAGUGACGUUGUCCUGUUUUAGACUCAGUUCGUGUUGGGCCAUAUUGUAACUGUCCAGAUGUUAGGAAAGUCUUUGAUAUUUUACUGUAAAUAUCCAAUACUGUAUGCUGUGCUCCAAAUAUUCAACUACCGGAAAUAGUUUAUGGAUGAAAAGUAUUUCAACAGAUCACAUUUUAGAUUAAUAUUGUGCAAGAACCACCAUCUGUUUUCUAUCUUUCUCCAUGUCCUUUCUCUCCAUCUGCCUUUGAGUCUCUGUGAUCUGUGAUCGUGGCUUCACUAAAUCUCUUCCCAUUGACAAGCAUUAACACGUGCACAUUGUGUGGAGGGUAGUCGUUAAUCCUUCAACUCACCAACCUAACUACUAUAUAAACCAGGGAUGGGCAACUUUGAUGGGGGUGGGGGCCACAAAACAUCUGAACUCAUCAUGAGGGGCUCGCGGGUCUGCGUACCCACAUCCAUACCCACACAUACAGUCAGAGCCUUGUAGUCACCCUAUCCUUUUGGGGCCCUAAGUGAACAUUUGUUGCAGUUUUAAAGCAAGUUUGCUGCAAUUUUACACAUUUUGCCAUGCGGCGGAGAGAAGAUUUAGCAAUUUAUAACAAAUUUCAUGCAAUUCUACUCAUUUUGCCAUAGGGUGGAGAAAAAGGUUUGCAGUUUUUAAUAUGAUCUGAGUGAGAGUGACUAACAAAAUCAAUGGGGGCCCCCCGGUCGGUAAUUCGACCAUGAUUAUUACAAGUUUAGAUAGCUAGCUAUACUAACUUACCAAUCUAAAAAAAAAAUGCUGACACAGGCUAAGUGAGUGACUGUCAGUGACUGACAUAACAAGAGAAAAACUGCUGAUGGACAACCAAAUUUCAAAUUGCACCUUGUGUAUUUUACUAUUCUAACUCUCAACAGUAAGUUGAGACCCCGACUGAGUUUUUAUUUUUUUCGUUUUUGGAAAUUGAUCUGCAGGCCUAAAGAAGGGUGGGCGGGCCGCGGGACGCCAGUUGCCCAUCCCUGAUAUAAAUUCUAGGUUAUAUUUGCUAUACUCAAUCAUUCUAUGCUUUCUAACUCUGACUCACAUGCUGCAGAUUUCUUGUUGAUCUCUCUCACUCUGUCAAUCCUCUGACCACUGUUCUCUCUCUCUCUCUGUCACUCCUCUGACCACUGUCUGUUCUCUCUCUCUCUCUCUGGCCCUGCUGUUGUUGUCUGAAGGGGAGGAGCUUUUGGGGACGGAAGGAGCCAGGUACAUGAAGAUGGAUGACUUGAAGGACCAUGAUGAUGAUUUCCUGUCACCCAAGAAAUCUAUGGAGUACGAGAGAGGGCUGGGCACUGUGUAGGGUUGGCUGGGGUAGGGGAUGGGGUAGAUGGAGGGGGCUUAGAGGGGGCUGAUAGGGGGUAUGUAAUGGUAAAGAACAGGGAAUGGUUGGAUUAGAGCAGUAUUGGGAUGUGUGGAGUGGAAUAAGAAUAUUCCCUUUACUCACUCUGUGUUCUACUCUUCUCUCCAAUAGCAACUACUCGCCUGCCAUUCCCAGGAUCCCUUGUGUAUCCCCAGAGACGGUCAUCCUGAAGGAGCACGAAAUGGAGCAGGUACAGAACAGACUGGUUAUGUUCUGUCCUAACCAGGGGGUGUCAUUAUAGUUGCUAUAUCAUUACUGAAAAUGUGUGUAUCUCUAAUCCUGUGGAGAGUGAGUAGAAAAGUAAAAAUGUCAAAUGCUACAAUGAGCCAUUCUCCUGUCUGUCUUUUAGGUACACACUCCAAUGCCAUUACAGAAAGAGUAUGACGAUGACUCCCUGAUCCCAAGCAGUCCAGCUACAGAGACCUCUGACAACGUCAGUCCUGUGGCCAGCCCCAUACACACAGGGUCAGUACACACAGCCGUGUGUCCAUCCUCCCCUGCCUGCAGCCCUACACCGACAAAUGCCUUAUGUUGUCAAUAAACCAAUAUCCAAGAGUAGAGUUGCAAAGCUACGAGUAAUUUACCAAAGUUACUGGAAUCUGCAGUAAUUUUGAUAAUUAACAUUCCAAUUCAUCCCAAAGGUGUUUGAUGGGGUUGAGGUCAGGGCUCUGUGCAGGCCAAUCAAGUUCUUCCACACCGAUCUUGACAAACCAUUUCUGUAUGGACCUCGCUUUAGGCACGGGGGCAUUGUCAUGCUGAAACAGGAAAUGGCCUUCCCCAAACUGUUGCCACAAAGUUGGAAGCACAGAAUCAACUAGAAUGUGAUUGUAUGCUAUAGCGUUAAGGUUUCCCUUCACUCAAACUAAGGGGCCUAGCCCGAACCAUGAAAAAAAGCUCCAGACCAUUAUUCCUCCUCUACCAAACUUUACAGUUGGCACUAUGCAUACGCGCUACGCACUUCAGCACUUGGCGGUCAAGUUCUGUGAGCUUGUGUGGCCUACCACGUAUGGCUGAGCCGUUGUUGCUCCUAGACGUUUCCACUUCACAAUAUCAGCACUUACAGUUGACCGGGGCAGUUUUAGCAAGGCAUACAUUUGAAGAACUGACUUGUUGGAAAGGUGGCAUCCUAUGACAGUGCCACGUUGAAAGUCACUGAGCUCUUCAGUAAGGACAUUCUACUGCCAAUGUUUGUCUAUGGCGAUUGCAUGGCUGUGUGCUCGAUUUUUAUACACCUGUCAGGAAUAGGUGUGGCUCAAAUAGCCGAAUAUACUAAUUUGAAGAGGUGUCCACAUACUUUGUGUACUUGAAUAACUUAAAACAAUGUAUUCAUAUAUGGUAUACAUUUUGGUAAAACUUUAUUUGGAUAGUCCAUCUGUACAGUGGCUUGUGAAAUUAUUCACCACCCUUGGCAUUUUUCCUAUUUUGUUGCCUUACAACCUGGAAUUAAAAUAGAUUUUUGGGGGGUUUGUAUCAUUUGAUUUACACAACACGCCUACCACUUUGAAGAUGCAAAAUAUUUUUUAUUGUGAAACAAACAAGAAAUAAGACAAAAAAACACAAAACUUGAGCGUGCAUAACUAGUCAAUACUUUGUAGAGCCACCUUUUGCAGCAAUUACAGCUGCAAGUCUCUUGGGGAAUGUCUCUAUAAGCUUGGCACAUCUAACCACUGGGAUUUUUGCCAAUUUUCAAAGGCAAAACUGCUCCAGCUCCUUCAAGUUGGAUGGGUUCCGCUGGUGUACAGCAAUCUUUAUGUCAUACCACAGAUUCUCAAUUGGAUUGAGGUCUGGGCUUUCACUAGGCCAUUCCAAUACAUUUAAAUGUUUCCCCUUAAACCACUCGAGUGUUGCUUUAGAUGUAAAACAUCCCCACAGCAUGAUGCUGCCACCACCAUGCUUCACUGUGGGGAUGGUGUUCUCGGGGUGAUGAGAGGUGUUGGGUUUGCGCCAGACAUAGCGAUUUCCUUGAUGGCCAAAAAGCUCAAUUUGAGUCUAAUCUGACCAGAGUACCUUCUUCCAUAUGUUUGGGAAGUCUUUCCACAUGCCUUUUGGCGAACACCAAACGUGUUUGCUUAUUUUUUUCUUUAAGCAAUGGCUUUUUUUCUGGCCACUCUUCCGUAAAGCCCAGCUCUGUGUAGUGUACAGCUUAAAGCGGUCCUAUGGACAGAUACUCGAAAUCUCCGCUGUGGCUUUGCAGCUCCUUCAGGAUUAUCGUUGGUCUCUUUGUUGCCUCUCUGAUUAAUGCCCUCCUUGCCUGGUCUGUGAGUUUUGGUGGGCGGCCCUCUCUUGGCAGGUUUAUUGUGGUGCCAUAUUCUUUCAAUUUUUUAAUAAUGGAUUUAAUGGUGCUCCGUGGGAUGUUCAAAGUUUCUGAUAUUUUUUUAUAACCCAACCCUGAUCUGUACUUCUCCACAACUUUGUCCCUGACCUGUUUGUAGAGCUCCUUGGUCUUCAUGGUGCCACUUGUUUGGUGGUGCCCCUUGCUUAGUGGUGUUGCAGACUCUGGGGCCUUUCAGAACAGGUGUAUAUAUACUGAGAUCAUGUGACAGAUCAUGUGACACUUAGAUUGCACACAGGUGGACUUUAUUUAACUAAUUAUGUGACUUCUGAAGGUAAUUGGUUGCAGCAGAUCUUAUUUAGGGGCUUCAUAGCAACGGGGGUGAAUACAUAUGCACGCACCACUUUUCCGUUAUUUAUAUUUGAGAAUUUUUUGAAACAAGUUAUUUUUUUCAUUUCACUUCACCAAUUUGGACUAUUUUGUGUAUGUCCAUUACAUGAAAUCCAAAUAAAAAUACAUUUUAAUUACAGGUUGUAAUGCAACAAAAUAGGAAAAACGCCAAGGGGGAUGAAUACUUUUGCAAGGCACUGUAGAUGCUCUACAGACUAUCAGUCACAUUUCAACUAACCCUUAUCCUAACCCUAAACUUAACCCUUACCCUACCCUAACCUUUGCUCUUACCCUAACCCUUAUUCUAAACCUAACCCUAACCAUAACCUUAGCAAGCAGUUGCUUAACAACAGAUAGCUUGUUGAUAGUAUGACCAUAUACAGUGAGAGAAAAAAGUAUUUGAUCCCCUGCUGAUUCUGUACGUUUGCCCACUGACAAAGAAAUGAUCAGUCUAUAAUUUUAAUGGUAGGAUUAUUUGAACAGUAAGAGACAGAAUAACAACAACAAAAAUCCAGAAAAAUGCAUGUCAAUAAUGUUAUAAAUUGAUUUGCAUUUUAAUGAGGGAAAGAAGUAUUUGACCCCCUCUUAAUCAGAAAGAUUUCUGGCUCCCAGGUGUCUUUUAUAGAGGUAUCGAGCUGAGAUUAGGAGCACACUCUUAAAGGGAGUGCUCCUAAUCUCAGCUUGUUACCUGUAUAAAAGACACCUGUCCACAGAAGCAAUCAAUCAAUCAGAUUCCAAACUCUAUACCAUGGCCAAGACCAAAGAGCUCUCCAAGGAUGUCAGGGGCAAGAUUGUAGACCUACACAAGGCUGUAAUGGGCUACAAGACCAUCGCCAAGCAGCUUGGUGAGAAGGUGACAACAGUUGGUGCGAUUAUUCGCAAAUGGAAGAAACACAAAAUAACUGUCAAUCUCCCUCAGCCUGGGGCUCCAUGCAAGAUCUCACCUCGUGGAGUUGCAAUGAUCAUGAGAACAGUGAGGAAUCAGCCCAGAACUACAAGGGAGGAUCUUGUCAAUGAUCUCAAGGCAGCUGGGACCAUAGUCACCAAGAAUACAAUUGGUAACACACUACGCUGUGAAGGACUGAAAUCCUGCAGCGCCCGCAAGGUGCCCCUGCUCAAGAAAGCACAUAUACAGGGCCAUCUGAAGUUUGCCAAUGAACAUCUGAAUGAUUCAGAGGAGAACUGGGUGAAAGUGUUGUGGUCAGAUGAGACCAAAAUCGAGCUCUUUGGCAUCAACUCAACUCACCGUGUUUGGAGAUGGAGGAAUGCUGCCUAUGCCCCUAAGAACACCAUCCCCACCGUCAAACAUGGAGGUGGAAAUAUUAUGCUUUGGGGGUGUUUUUCUGCUAAGGGGACAGGACAACUUCACCGCAUCAAAGGGACGAUGGACGGGGCCAUGUACCGUCAAAUCUUGGGUGAGAACCUCCUUCCCUCAGCCAGGGCAUUGAAAAUGGGUCGUGGAUGGGUAUUCCAGCAUGACAAUGACCCAAAACACACGGCCAAGGCAAGGCAACAAAGGAGUGGUUCAAGAAGAAGCACAUUAAGGUCCUGGAGUGGCCUAGCCAGUCUCCAGACCUUAAUCCCAUAGAAAAUCUGUGGAGGGAGCUGAAGGUUCGAGUUGCCAAACGUCAGCCUCGAAACCUUAAUGACUUGGAGAAGAUCUGCAAAGAGGAGUGGGACAAAAUCCCUCCUGAGAUGUGUGCAAACCUGGUGGCCAACUACAAGAAACGUCUGACCUCUGUGAUUGCCAACAAGGGUUUUGCCACCAAGUACUAAGUCAUGUUUUGCAGAGGGGUCAAAUACUUAUUUCCCUCAUUAAAAUGGAAAUCAAUUUAUAAAAUUUUUGACAUGCGUUUUUCUGGAUUUUUUUGUUGUUAUUCUGUCUCUCACUGUUCAAAUAAACCUACCAUUACAAUUAUAGACUGAUCAUGUCUUUGUCAGUGGGCAAACGUACAAAAUCAGCAGGGGAUCAAAUACUUUUUUCCCCCAUCUACAGAUAAUCCGGACUAUCCAAAUAAAGUGUGACCAUUUUUUAUAUCUGUGUCCAUAUUGUCCAUGAGUUUCUAGUAGAUAGACCAAAUGGUUCAAGAGAAAAUAGCCUACUUAAUGAUAAAAGUAUCUAAUCAGGCCUCCCGAGUGACGUAACGGUCUAAGGCACUGCAUCGCAGUGCUUGAGGCGUCACUACAGACCCGGAUUCGAUCCCAGGCUGUGUCACAACCGGCCAUGACCGGGAGUCCCAUAGGGCGGCGCAAAAUUGGCCCAGCGUCGUCGGGGUUAGGGGAGGGUUUGGCCGGGGGGGCUUUACUUGGCUCAUAGCGCUCUAAUGACUCCUUGUGGUGGGCCGGGCGCCUGCAGGCUGACUUCGGUCGUCAGUUGAACAGUGUUUCCUCCGGCACAUUGGUGCAGCUGGCUUCCAGGUUAAGCGGGCGGGUGUUAAGAAGCGUGGUUUGGCGGUUCAUGUUUCGGAGGACGCAUGACUCGACCUUCGCCUCUCCCGAGCCCGUUGGGGAGUUGCAGUGAUGAGACAAGAUCGUAAUUGGAUCGCAAUUGGAUAUCACGAAAUUGGGGAGAAAAAAGGGGUACAAAUAUAUAUUUGUCAUGUGAAUUUCUAUCUCUAAUUCACCCUAAGCUUGAAUCAUUACCAGAGGUUGUAAGGCUCUGGUUUUAAUCAUCAAUGAUUCAAGGUCCACAACUCACAAGUCUUAUCUGUAUUUUUAUUCACGGUGAGAGCUCUGAGGCCAAAACACAAAUCUCCUUUCUUUAUACUUCUUGACAAACAAAAACACUAUGCUCCUCCCACCUUUCUUAAACAGUUCCCGCCUCCCCCCUUGAAUGGUUAGUAACGCCCCUUCUGUUAGUGGGUUGACACAUGAUAAUUCUAACAUUUAUACUGUGUUUGGGGUGUAAUUCUUUAGUCAUUAUUCUUAAAAUCCAAAUUAAUCUAACAAUAUUGUAUCUAAUCAACACUGGAAAUAUUUUCUAUAACCUCUGCAACUCGUUAAACAAUUGACUUUUUUCACAACUGCCACCAGUUUGACAUCAAAACAUUGACAACAAAUACAUAUUGACAUAGUAAUAAAUAAACCUCCCAUAUUAAACACAAAUGGUAUUCACUAAGUUGAUGGUAUAUAUUUAGGAUAAUGUUUUACAGCUUUGUCAUUGUAUAUAUAUAUCUUUUUUUUUAUCAUCUUGUUUAAUUAUUUAAUAUAUUUUACAUGUGAUAAGGCCACACAGAGGACCAGAGAUAAUUACAAACACCUGUAAUAAUCUGAAGUACCCAAAAGGGCCAGUACAUGUCUUAUGAUAGAUUACAUAAAAUCCUUGAAAUCUACCAAAAUUCUGGUAGUUUACUGGUAAAUGUAGAAAGUUUCCAGUAAUACACCCUCCCUUUGCAACCCUAUCCAAGAGCGGAAAUAGAAACAUUGGUAUGCUGUCUAAUGAUGUGGGGACGCUUGUCUCUUGUCAGGUUCCUUGUGAGUUUCAUGGUGGAUGCUCGGGGCGGCUCGAUGCGAGGCAGCAGACAUAACGGCUUGCGUGUCAUCAUCCCUCCACGGACCUGUGCCGCCCCCACACGUAUCACCUGUCGUCUGGUCAAGCCCCAGAAACUCACUACUCCUCCCCCCCUGGUGGAGGGAGAGGGCUUAGCCAGCCGUAUCAUAUCACUGGGCCCAGCCAGCAUGCAGUUCCUAGGGUGAGGACUUAAAUAAACCUACACUGUAGAGUAUUGAAGGGAGGACAGGUGCAUGAGUUGUCAACAAAAGAUAAUAGGUUACAGUUUGAGAUCAGGAAGAAAAAUCAGAUUGUAAAAUUGUGUUCCACAUUCGGUGAGGGUAUCCACUAAUUAUAUUGUGAGCUUAUUGAUGUGUGUCUCUGUGUCUUUGUGUGUCUUUCAGGCCUGUGAUCGUGGAGAUCCCUCACUUUGCUGCUCUGGGUCGAGGGGACCGGGAGCUGGUGGUGCUGAGGAGUGAGAACGGCUCUGUCUGGAAGGAACACCGCAAUCGCUAUGGCGACGAUGUGCUGGAGACUAUCCUCAAUGGGAUGGAUGAAGGUAGUAGAAUGAGAAGUUCUACUAACUGAGUCAGAUCUGAUUACAGUCACUAAUAACAGGCUGUUUGGUGUUUAUCACUGCUUUCUUAUCAGUACUGUAAGAGUAUUCCCCACUCUCAUUGACCGCUAAGGUCUGCCUGUUUAUUCAUUUAGAUCUGGAGAGCCAGGAGGAGCUUGGGAAGAAGCGUAUCCGACGAAUCAUCUCCACUGACUUCCCCCUCUACUUUGCUGUGGUGUCGCGCGUCCAGCAGGAGAGUGACCUGAUUGGCCCAGAGGGGGGUCAGCUGACCAGUAAACUGGUGCCGAUGGUCCAGGCUACGUUCCCUGAGACAGCGGUCACCAAGCGAGUCCGUCUGGGCCUGCAGGUGAGAUGGGAGGAUGAGGAGGAAGAAGGAGGAAGACAGUAUCGUUAGUGCCUGCCUGUAUGACCAAGAAUGCUAUAUGCAUGCUAUGUGUAUUUGGUUUGAAUUUGAUCAGCACCUUUUAUAUAAUUUUUGCUUUACCAAGAGUUUUCUGUUUUUGUUCUCAAUAUGGAGGUUGAACAUUUGCAAAUUGGUGUCUUUUUUCUGUGUGCUAUGCACAAACAGUGAGAUGUACUAUGUACAUACACAUAGUACAGUCACUUUGACUAUGGGCUUUUUAACCUUCAAAGUUUAUAUGAGGCUGUUUUGAAAGGGCAUCUUUGAGUCACUAAUGUUUGCAAAUGAGCAUGCCUGUGUCCUAAAGCUUAAUGCAUCAUUCACUACUGUGGUUACAUUCUAUAACUAUAGUCAUGGUUAGAUAAUGCAGAGGGACUUUGUUGAAAUUGAGUGUUCUUUAGCAGCAUGCUAAAGUGGUUUGGAUUUGGUUUCAUAGCCUCAUAACCCGGUGAUAGCUUUACACUAGCAGAUACGCUAACCUUCUCAAAGGCUGUACAAAGUGAGACAGUUAACUUGAAUGUGUAGCGAGGGAGAUCAUUUAUUUUAUCAUUUCAUAUUCAUCAACUGAAGCAAGUGAAUGAAGGAAUCUGUACAUGAAUACUUGAAUUGUGAGAUGUUUUUUAUACUGAGACUAGUCACAAAGGGCCUUGGGUAAAACAGUGUAUUUUUCUUUCAAAUCUGUUUGUUUUAAUGUCUAAAGGUUUAUGAUUUUUUGUGAAUAUAGAUUUUUAAAUGUUAAUAAUUUUUUUCCCCACAUUUUUACAAUAAACAACACUGACGAAAACAUUUACGCAAUGUGUCUUUCCAAAUUGUUUGUAUGUUUUGGUGUAGAUUAAAAUAGUAUUUUGUUGACCAUAGACUUCUCUCUCUUUCUCUUCAUCCUUCAUUUCUUCCAUCUGAUUUAUUUAUCUGUCCAUUGUCAUCCAUUACAUCAUUACAUACAUCCUAUCAUCUCUCACUCUCUCUUCUUUUCUCUUACUAUUUCUCUCUACAUUGCUAUCUGUCUGUCUACCUUUGUGUCAAUUUCUCUCCCUCUUUCGCUCUCUGCCUUCCUCUCUUUCUUUGCCACACUCCUCUACCACAUCGUCAUCCCUCUCUCCACACAUCCUUUCCCCUCCAACCUCAGGCCCAACCAGUCCCAGACGAGCUGGUUGCCAAGCUGCUGGGUAACCAGGCAACCUUCAGCCCUGUGGUGACUGUGGAGCCACGGCGACGCAAGUUCCACCGGCCCAUCGGCCUGUUUAUCCCCCUACCCCCCUCCUGGAGAGAGAGCCCCCGGGACUCUGGGGAGGGGGACACCACCAGCCUGCGCCUGCUCUGCAGUGUCAUCGGUAUGCCAACACUUUCACACUUUAGUGAACCUGACUGAGGCCUUACAGUGGACUAAUGGCACAGUGAAACUGCAUCACUAUUUAGAGUAAACUAUGCGUUGGACCGCAUGAACACCUCAUAGACAGAAGGAAAUUGAUUGAACACAGUGAUUCAAAGUCUCUCAGCUAUGAGAUGGGAAAAUCCAGAUUGAUGUAGGUCUGCAAGCCAGAGAAUAAGCAAUGUCAUUGCUAUAUACAGUAACUGUUGAUUCUCUGCACCAUAACAAUGGGUGUCAGAGUGAUAUGGUGGAGUAAAAUCACCUUGCAUGUUUAGUAUACCUUUUUCUCCUCCUCCUUAUAUCUUGGUGUAACUGAUAUCUCUUCCUUCUGCCCAGGUGGAACAGCCCCAGCCCAGUGGGAGGACAUCACAGGCACCACCAAGCUCAUAUAUAGCAAAGACUGUGCCAACUUCACAACCAAUGUGUCAGCACGGUAAGUAUACAGCAGCAACUCACUCAUUAGCAUUCAUGUUCAUUAGACAUUCAAGUUCACAUUCAAGUUCACAAUCCAGCUCUUUCUGUCACUUUGAGAGCAGUCCAAUGCAGCCGUUUUUUCUCGGUAACAAUUAAGUACCUUACUGUGAUUGUUUUCAAUUAAAAUGAUCAAAAAGAUACAAAAAUAGCUUCUUAGCAAAGAGCAAUUUCUCAAGCCAGAAUUUAGCUAGGACUGUCUAGGAGUGGUCUAAGUGGGGAGGGGGAAACUGAAAACUAGCUGUUAUUGGCAGAGAGGUUUGGAACUCUCUUUCUUAUUGGUCUAUUAACUAAUUUACCGCCUGGUGAUGUCACCAGGCAGCCCAAAACUCCAUCCCACCAAAACAGGCUGAAAUUUCAGGUGGCCUUUUCAAACAGCUCUUACACUAAAAGGGCAUUUUCAUAAUUUUCACAAUUUCACAGUAAUAUUCCAACCUCAUAGUGUGGAAAUAUACACUCACAUGCCAGUUUAUUAGGUACAUCCAUCUAGUACCGGGUCAGACCCCCCUUUGCCUCCAGAACAGCCUGAAUUCAUCGGGGCAUUCUACAAGGUGUCUGAAACCUUCCACAGAGAUGUUGGUCCAUGCUGACAUGAUGGCAUCAGGCAGUUGCUGCAGAUUAGAUAGUGGUACACUCAUGCUGCGAACAGCUCUUUCCAUCUCAUCCCAAAGAUGCUCUAUUGGGUUGAGGUCUGGGGUCUGCUCAGGCCACUCAAGUAAACUGAACUCGCUGUCAUGUUCCAGGCAAUGUUUUUCCACUCCUCAAUUGUCCAGUGUUGGUGAUCGCGUGCCCACUGGAGCCGCUUCUUCUUAUUUUUAGCUGAUAGGAUUGGAACCCGGUGUGGUCGUCUGUUGCAAUAGCCCAUCCGUGACAAGGAUCGACGAGUUGUGAGUUUCGAGAUGCCGUUCUGCACACCACUGUUGUACUGCGCCGUUAUUUGUCUGUUUGUGGCCCGCGUGUUAGCUUGCACGAUUCUUACCAUUCUCCUUUGACCUCUCUCAUCAACUAGCUGUUUUCGCCCACAGGACUGCCGCUGACUGGAUGUUUUUUUGUUUGUCGCACCAUUCUCGGUAAACCCUAGACACUGUCGAGCAUGUAAACCCCAAGAGAGCAGUCAUUUCUGAGAUACUGGAUCUGGUGCGCCUGGCAUCGACGAUCAUACCACGCUCAAAGUUGCUUAGGUCACAUGUUUUGCCCAUUCUAACGUUCAAUCGAACAGUAACUGAAUGCCUUAAUGCCUGUCUGCCUGCUUUAUAUAGCAAGCCACGGCCACGUGACUCACUGACUAUAGGAGCGACCCAUUUUUGUGAACAGAGUGCUGUACCUAAUAAACUGGCCGAUGAGUGUAUCUAAAACUGGAAAAUCAUGUUUUUGACUGCACUGGGCGUUUUAGGUAUGCUGAUCACCUGCAUACAGUGAGGGAAAAAAGUAUUUGAUCCCCUGCUGAUUUUGUACGUUUGCCCACUGACAAAGACAUGAUCAGUCUAUAAUUUUAAUGGUAGGUUUAUUUGAACAGUGAGAGACAGAAUAACAACAAAAAAAUCCAGAAAAACGCAUGUCAAAAAUGUUAUAAAUUGAUUUCCGUUUUAAUGAGGGAAAUAAGUAUUUGACCCCUCUGCAAAACAUGACUUAGUACUUGGUGGCAAAACCCUUGUUGGCAAUCACAGAGGUCAGACAUUUCUUGUAGUUGGCCACCAGGUUUGUACACAUCUCAGGAGGGAUUUUGUCCCACUCCUCUUUGCAGAUCUUCUCCAAGUCAUUAAGGUUUCGAGGCUGACGUUUGGUAACUCGAACCUUCAGCUCCCUCCAUAGAUUAUCUAUGGGAUUAAGGUCUGGAGACUGGCUAGGCCACUCCAGGACCUUAAUGUGCUUCUUCUUGAGCCACUCCUUUGUUGCCUUGGCCGUGUGUUUUGGGUCAUUGUCAUGCUGGAAUACCCAUCCACGACCCAUUUUCAAUGCCCUGGCUGAGGGAAGGAGGUUCUCACCCAAGAUUUGACGGUACAUGGCCCCGUCCAUCGUCCCUUUGAUGCGGUGAAGUUGUCCUGUCCCCUUAGCAGAAAAACACCUCCAAAGCAUAAUGUUUCCACCUCCAUGUUUGACGGUGGGGAUGGUGUUCUUGGGGUCAUAGGCAGCAUUCCUCCUCCUCCAAACACGGCGAGUUGAGUUGAUGCCAAAGAGCUCGAUUUUGGUCUCAUCUGACCACAACACUUUCACCCAGUUCUCCUCUGAAUCAUUCAGAUGUUCAUUGGCAAACUUCAGACGGCCCUGUAUAUGUGCUUUCUUGAGCAGGGGGACCUUGCGGGCGCUGCAGGAUUUCAGUCCUUCACAGCGUAGUGUGUUACCAAUUGUUUUCUUGGUGACUAUGGUCCCAGCUGCCUUGAGAUCAUUGACAAGAUCCUCCCGUGUAGUUCUGGGCUGAUUCCUCACCGUUCUCAUGAUCAUUGCAACUCCACGAGUUGAGAACUGGCAUGGAGCCCCAGGCCGAGGGAGAUUGACAGUUAUUUUGUGUUUCUUCCAUUUGCGAAUAAUCGCACCAACUGUUGUCACCUUCUCACCAAGCUGCUUGGCGAUGGUCUUGUAGCCCAUUCCAGCCUUGUGUAGGUCUACAAUCUUGUCCCUGACAUCCUUGGAGAGCUCUUUGGUCUUGGCCAUGGUGGAGAGUUUGGAAUCUGAUUGAUUGAUUGCUUCUGUGGACAGGUGUCUUUUAUACAGGUAACAAGCAGAGAUUAGGAGUACUCCCUUUAAGAGUGUGCUCCUAAUCUCAGCUCGUUACCUGUAUAAAAGACACCUGGGAGCCAGAAAUCUUUCUGAUUGAGAGGGGGUCAAAUACUUAUUUCCCUCAUUAAAAUGCUAAUCAAUUUAUAACAUUUUUGACAUGCGUUUUUCUGGAUUUUUUUGUUGUUAUUCUGUCUCUUACUGUUCAAAUAAACCUACCAUUAAAAUUAUAGACUGAUCAUUUCUUUGUCAGUGGGCAAACGUACAAAAUCAGCAGGAUCUAGUCAUGAGUAACUUAAGGGUUACCAUAUAUCCUACACACUGGUGUCUCUUCUCAGGUUCUGGCUGGCUGACUGUCCCCGGACAGCCGAGGCCGUGUCUUUCGCCAACCUCCUGUACCGGGAGCUCUCAGCCGUGCCCUACAUGGCCAAGUUUGUGGUGUUUGCCAAGAUGAACGAGAUCCGUGAGGGCCGCCUGCGCUGCUACUGCAUGACUGAUGACAAGAUGGACAAAACCCUGGAGCAGCACGAGAACUUCAGCGAGGUGGCCCGCAGUCGCGAUAUCGAGGUCAGUGCAGGGGGUUAUAUCGAUGGUUAUCAUGAUGAUGUCAUUGUUUAGAAGCUUCAUCUGAAGAGGCACUGUGAAGUGACUGGAGAGGGUGGAUCAGGCUGCCCCCUUUAUAGUUCCUCAUAUGGAGGGAGCCACCGGCUGUGUCCGAAUACCUAUACUUGCGUCCUAAAUAGUAGGCUGUUUGAGUAUGCAAAAGAAUAAUGUUUAAUAUUAUGCGACAUUUCAAAAAUACAGUAUACUUUAAGUGGCAGGAUGUUAUACUCAUUUUGUCUCUUCAUCUAGUAGAAUCAGAUGCACUCUUUUCCACAAUGCAUUGGAAGAGGUGGGCUGCAAGUGAUAGGCCCUAGUUCUCUUCAAGUAGCCAAACAACAAAACUAGGCUACUUAAUUGGGAAGAUGCCAAAUACCAAAGCUUCUGCAGUGGUGUUCAAAUGUAGGCUAAGUCGUUUUUGCUCUCCUUUUAAUGAUAACAAGUAUUGCAUCGUUGGCUAAAUCUUUGAAAACAGAUUGAUUUAUGUUUACAUUCCCAAAGUUUUCUGCUUUCUCAUAAAAAAUUGUUUAUUGUUCUCUUGGCCUUUAUCAGAGCUUUUAAAGGUGCUACACAUAGGAUAUAUAUAUAUAUAUAUAUAUAUAUAUAUAUAUAUAUAUAUAUAUAUAUAUAUAUAUAUAUAUAUAUAUAUAUAUAUAUAUAUAUAUAUAAAUGCUUUUGCAUUGAAAAUUCAGAAAAUGUCCAUAAUAUAUCUGCAGUAAUAGUGGAAAGAAUAAGUUUUACACUAUUCGCCUAUUGUCAAAAUGGGAAACCUGUUUUGACUUUGUGGCUGUGUUAUCUAGAAGAAAUCGGGCCAAUCGCUGUAAUUUCCUGGUUGCUAAAAUUGGACACUGUUCGCUCAAUUUCGGUUUAUGUGAGAAAACAAGCACUGAAUAGUGUAGGAAAUCAUUGUACCAUUUAAAUCACUGUGAAAUAUAUUUUCAAUAACAACAAAUAUCGUUUUAACAGCUGUUUGAAGCUGGUGGACCAAAACCGAAAAUAAAAAGCUCAAGCCCGAGUCUCCGCCAUCUUACGGGGAAAUGGCUUGCGGGGGAGGGGGAGAUUUGUUUUGAAUGCAGCCUAGUGCUGUUGCAAUUCACCUAGCUUCCACAAAGGGGAGACAUUCUGAGAAAUUAUAGGUGUAUCGACUUUAAACUAAAUACUAAACCAUCUUUUGAUUUCUGAAUGUGUCGGUACCAUGGACUCGAGAUGUGGUUGCGUUAUUGAUGUCAUGUUAAUCAGGCCUUUUGAUUUGUACAUAUGGAGUAUUUUAGUUUUGUUGUCUAGGCUACCUAUUUAAUAUAUGGAUCAAGCCUUAGCAGUCAUUCUGAUCUCGUUUAGUUCAUUAUGUUGCUGUCCAGCGGUUCUGAAUUUGCGAUGCACCCGACUGUCCACGUUUUUCUGUGCAAUAGCCUUUUGAUUUGAACUUCUGAAAAGUGUUUGAAUGUGUGCAAGGCUAUUUGAUUGAAUUUGUAUAUGUUACAGCACUUUGGUUUCACUAAUAAUACAUAUGUUGAAAUGGAACCAAAUUAUCUGUUUCUGUCUUCAGUCCUUUUUAAAUAGGAUAGAUGGGCGAUAUGGUCUACAACGGUAUAGGUGGAAUGUGAUAGUCUGCCUAUAACCAGCCUGAGUAGGCCUAUAACUCCAUUCCUAUUCUAUUCUAUUUAGAGAAGUUAGUCGAAUUGGAAAUGAGCUAUUAUCAGGCUGGUUAAUGCGAUGCAUGUCUAUUGAAUUUGGAAAAAUCCACCCGCACUCAGCCCCACCCCACCUACUCAGCCAGUCAGGAGCUUCUACUGCGUUGCAGCCGUGGCAAACUGCAUACUUUUUACUAAACGGUACGUGCAAAAUAGUAUGCGACAAUGAGUGCAUUGUAUACAGUUUAAGUAUGUAGUACACUAGUAUGGGUAUUCGGACACGGCCACUGUGUCUAACGUUAGUAUCCUCCCCCUCAGGUGAUGGAAGGAAUGCCACUGCACCUGGAGUGUUCUGGGAACCUGGUCCCAGUGAGGAAGGCUACCCAGCAGCCUCGCUGUUUCAGCUUCCAGGCCUUCAGAGACAACAGACUCCCCGUCUCUGUCAAGGUGUUUAAUUCUCCCUCUCUCUGUCUUCCUUCCUAUCUCCAUUACUCCCUCCAUCUCUGGGUCUCCCUCUCACACUGAAAAUGUCUCUUGUCUGUUUCUCUUGGUUCUCUUCUCCAAGGUGAGAGACAGUAGUAAAGAUCACUCCGGAUUCCUGUCCUUCAUGCGCAAGUCUACCAAGUACGAAGACAGCCAACAUGUGCUGUGCAACCUCAAUAUUACCAUGCCCCUGUGUCUCAAGGUAGGCCUAAAAAAAUAGUUUACGUUUUUGGGAUGCUUUGAAAAGCACUGCACUUUCAUUUUAUAAUACACACAUGCAUAUUUAAUUUUGUGAACUUGUGAGAUCUGAGGCAAAUUAUAUAUUCCAGAGGCUUUUGCUUAUGUUUGCUUGGCAGGCUGCUGGGAGUGAAGACCGGAGGCGAACUCUGACCCCAUUAGCCCUGCGAGAGAGAUACAGCACCCUGAAUGAGCCUGCCAUGGGUAAAGGUGCCUGCCAUCCCAUCCCGAAAAUACCCCAUACAAACCGCCAUUGUCUUCCGACAGGUGGCGACAUUCCUACACAACGCUCGUCCCUCAAUCAGUGCAGACGAGUUAGUCGAGCUACCCGACAUAAGACAAUGACAUACCCCACACCAACACGUUCACAUUCCAUGUGCCCCUUCAUGCAGUAAUUAUCACAACUGUACAUUAACUUCCCAUGUUAAAGUAUCAGUUGUGGUCUGGUUUCUGCAGCAUCAAUGAGUGCCAUGGAAAAGACAGAGUUGAAGAUGGCUUUAAUAGCUGAACAGUUGGGACUGAGCUGGGCUGGUGAGUGAGUGGAAUGAAUGUCUGUGUCUCGUGCCUGUGUUUGGUGCUUGUGUCGGCGUCUGAGUCUGUGUAUCAGUUUUAAUGGCUUGCGGCUGCUUUUCCCUUCCUCCCUGCCUCUGUCUCUCCACCUUUGUCUCUCCAGAGCUGGCGAGGGAGCUACAGUUCAGUGUAGAUGACAUUAAUAAGAUCCGUGUGGAGAAUCCUAACUCCCUAUUGGAGCAGAGUUCUGCCCUGCUCAGCCUAUGGGCCACCUGCGAGGGCAAGAGAGCCAAGAGUAAGUACCUGAGAUCCCAUAACGGUCAGUGGAUCUUUCCUGUGCAUCCUCUUAUCCUAUAUUAAUCAUCUCCACUCACCCACCGUACUGUCUUGCACUGGCUCUUGGAUUUGCACGUGAGACUUGUCCACUCUAUGCAGUACCUUAUAUUAACAUUGUGUUAACUCUGUUGUUUUCUGGGACAGACCUGGGUCUGUCAGGGUACUGGUAAACAAUGUCAUUAUUCUCCUCAUAAUAUCUUCCACUUCCUUGUCUGUUAUUAAACGGUCCAUUUCCCAUUGUCCUGCCUCUCGUCUCCGUCUUCUCUCUCUCUAUCCCUCUAUCCUCCCCCUUUCUCUGUCUCUCUUUCUCUCUUGUGGCUCCUAUGUACAGUGGAGCGUUUGUACACAGCUCUGAAAAGCAUUGACCGGAUGGACAUAGUGAACAUGCUGGAGGGCCAGGGGCCACAGCCUGCAGGGAGGCAGGCCCGGGAGCCAAGCAGACGCAGACACAACGAGAGUGACCACCUCUCCCCCAGCCUGAGCAAUGGUAAGGCUUCUCCCCAUCCCCACGCAUUCCUCUACCACCCCCAACUCCCAUAGCCUACCAGUUCUUCUCUCUCUCUCUCUCUCUCUCUCUCUCUCUCUCUCUCUCUCUCUCUCUCUCUCUCUCUCUCUCUCUCUCUCUCUCUCUCUCUCUCUCUAUCUCUAUCUCUAUCUCUUCCUCCUCCUCCUCCUCCUCCUCCUCUCUGCUGCCCCCAUCACCCUCUUGCCCCAAUCCUCAGUCAAGGGCUGUUCUAUAUGCUACUGCCAUAAACUUAAGAUUUCUACAGAUGUGUAACGCAGCAACCUGGACCAGGACUCAAGACACUCCGACAACAACUGCCUCUGUGGUGCCACUCUAAAGCCUGACUCAGAUACAUUCCCUUGUUUGUGGUUGAAUACUAUGAAUCAAUGACCUAUAGUGCCUUCAAUCAGCAUUACAACCUUGUCUAAUAGUGCCAGCUAGAUUUUAGGAUUCUCUCUCCACUGAAAUGGCCCAUGAAACAUUUAGCUGGUGGGAGAAACUAUGCAACUACUGGUAUAUGGAUUUAAGCAAUAUGAACAGAGCCUUCCAAAAAGAGUAUAGAUUGAAAUAGAGAUAAUUAUUUGACAUACACUACAUGGCCAAAAGUAUGUGGACAGCUGCUCGUCAAACAUCUCAUUCCAAAAUCAUGGGCAUUAAUAUGGAGUUCUAUCCCCCCUUUGCUGCUAUAACAGCCUCCACUCUUCUGGGAAGGCUUUCCACUAGAUGUUGGAACAUUACAGCGGCGACUUGCUUCCAUUCAGCCACAAGAGCAUUAGUGAGGUCGGGCACUGAUGUUGGACAAUUAGGCCUGGCUCGCAGUCGUAGUUCCAAUUCAUCCCAAAGGUGUUCGAUGGAGUUGAGGUAAGGGCUCUGUGCAGGCCAGUCAAGUUCUUCCACACUGAUCUCAACAAACUAUUUCUGUAUGGACCUCGCUUUGUGCACGGGGGCAUUGUCAUGCUGAAACAGGAAAGGGCCUUUCCCAAACUGUUGCCACAAAGUUGGAAGCACAGAAUCGUCUAGAAUGUCAUUGUAUGCUGUAGCGUUAAGAUUUCCCUUCACUGGAACUAAGGGGCCUAGCCCGAACCAUGAAAAAUAGCCAUUAUUCCUCCUCCACCAAACUUUACAGUUGGCACUAUGCAUUCGGGCAGGUAGCGUUCUCCUGGCAUCCACCAAACCCAGAUUUGUCCGUUGGAAUGCCAGAUGGUGAAGCGUGAUUCAUCACUCCAGAGAACGCGUUUUCACUGCUCCAGAGUCCAAUGGCGACAAGCUUUACACCACUCCAGCCGACGCUUGGCAUUGUGCAUGGUGAUCUUAGGCUUGUGUGCAGCUGCUCGGCCAUGGAAACCCAUUUCAUGAAGCUCCCGACGCACAGUUCUUGUGCUGACGUUGUUUCCAGAGGAAGUUUGGAACUCGGUAGUGAGUGUUGCAACCGAGGACAGACGCCUUUUACGCGCUACGCACUUCAGCACUCAGCGGUCCCGUUCUGUGAGCUUGUGUGGCCUACCACUUCGCGGCUGAGCCGUUGUUGCUCCUAGAUGUUUCCACUUCACAAUAACAGCACUUACAGUUGACCAGGGCAGCUCUAGCAGGGCAGAAAUUUUACGAACUGACUUGUUGGAAUAGUGGCAUCGUUUCACGGUGCCACGUUGAAAGUCACUGAGCUCUUCACUAAGGCCAUUCUACUGCCAAUGUUUGUCUAUGGAGAUUGCAUUGCUGUGUGCUCGAUUUUAUACUCCUGUCAGCAACGGGUGUGGCUGAAAUAGCCGAAGCCACUAAUUUGAAAGGGUGUCCACAUACUUUUGUAUAUAUAGUGUAUUUAAAGAUCAAUUGGAACCUCAAGAAACAUCUGUUUUCAUGUGUGUUUGAUGAAGUCGUUAGCAAUAGGAGAGCUGAUGAUUUAAAAAGAAAUGAAAUGCUGUGUUAGUCAGCUGUGUAUGGUGUGUUGGGUGAGAUUCUGUUCAUGCCAAAUGUAUAUUUUGUUAGAUCUGUAUUCAGUGUCUAAGUUACUACUGUGUCGUAUCUGUGUAUUUGACAGGUUUAUGUUUUACUUCCUUUAAAGUAGGAUUUUGGUUAUGAGUUCAUUAUGAUCAUCUUCAUCCAACAUGAUUUAAAUCACAAUCUGCCUACAUAGGCCAUAUGUGAGAUACAGUGCAGGAUAACCUGCACUGGACUGACCAUCACUGGAGUGCUAUGACCUCUCUUCUGUGUGUCUGUAAAAAACAAUCAUUUCCAUACAUGAAUUCAGUCUGUAGUCUUUCCUUCAAGCAUACUGCAGUUGGCUUUGCUUCCAGUGGUCACUUCUCAAACUUUGACUAUUUUUACUCAUGGUUUAUUAUUUUACACAUGCAUGAUAUACAUCAGAUUGACUCCAGUUUCACCACUUGACUGGUGUAAAAAACCCUGCACUGGACUGACCAUCACUGGAGUGCUCUGACCUCUCUUCUGGGUCUGCUCUGUGCCCCACUGUCUCAUGUGUCAUGACAGCAAGUGCCAGGUCCCCUCAGUGCAAACUGGAGCAAUAACUGGUGAUGUAACUCAUGCAUAGAUAUGACCAUGACGGACAAAGGGACAAACGGGAGAUGCUCAGUCAGAUCACAGCUGCAGUGAAUCUGAUAUCUGACACCUGUCCAGUCUGCAUCCCAAAGCUCUUUCCUCUGACGCUGUCUGUGUAACAAGGUGGUUACACUCUCACAGGACAAUACCAACCUGACCUCUAGACAUGGUAUUGUGUGUGUUUAUGUUUAUUACAGCAAUGAUUUUCAAGAGGUCUAUGAUUUAUCUAUUGGAGUUAUGAAUGAUAGUAUGACUGAUAUUUUGAACAAGUUUGUUCCUGACUUUUCAGAGGAUAUAGAAUGUAGGUAGGGCCGUAUAUGACAUCAGGGGAUGGUACAGAAUGAGGAUUCGCUCUCUGACUAAAUGUCAGUCUGGAAGAUGAUUACUCCCUUGGUCCCCUAAUUAACCUUCACAAUCAAAUUAUUUCAAAUUACAAUAGAUUCUGAAGUGGGAAUCCAAGCCUGGAGACCGCAAUUAGAUUGCACAUUCUAUUUUUAACCCAGGCAGGAUGCAUGCAAUACUGUCAGGAAGAGUGUCUAUAGGAAACAAAAGUUUUUUUCUUUUACCAUUUAGAGUAGAAAUUAUGGAAAUCUCCAUUCUUUUUACUUUACCUUUCAGUCGAUCUGUUCCUGUCUUUUCCUUAUUUUCAUCACAUUGGGCCCUUAGUGAUUUUGACAUGCAACUCUCUUUCUUAACUCUAGUGGUUUGAGUGGUUUGAUUUGCAACUCAGUAAAAACAAUGAGUUCAGUUUAGUAAUACCAGAGAGGCUCGGAGGCCUGAACUGAAUCCAGCUAGGCUUAUAUAAGGGAAAUGUUACACUCUCUGCCUGUGUGUGCAUGGGGCCGUAGGAGUCUCUUCAGACCAGGGGUCAUUCCAUUCGGUGCACUGUGUGUCCCUCUGGGAACCCCGGAACUUGUUCCUUUUGACUAUCUGUCACCUCUCUCUUUGUGUUUCUCUGGACAUCUGCAGCCUGGCCGCCCUACUCUUCCUCCUUCUCACUCCUCCUCUCCGACCUCUGAACUCAUGCCCUCCGACCUCAUGUUGACCUCUGGCCCUUAUCUUUAUUUUGAUGACCAGUUGUGCCUAUUUUUUUAUAACUCUUUAUUUUAGUACUCUUGAAAAUUCCACCUUUUUAACCGUCUGCUCCGUGACCAAUCCCCCUCACACACCCCCGGGAGUGGGGAGGUGUCCCUUGUUCCAUCACUCUCUCUCUGUCAUCUCUCUCUCUUUUUUCGUCCUCUCCCCGUCUCUGUCGAUCUCUCUUUUGCUCUGCGCAUGUCUUUCUUCCUCUCUCUCUUUCUGUCCUCUUCCCCCCUAUCUUCCCUCUCUGUGUUUCCCUCCCUGCCCUCCUGCCUGUCUGCAUGUGCAUGAGGCCCACUCUCGUCCUCCAGCUCCUAAAUGCUUGCAUGGAUGUAUUGGAAUGAGUGGCCUAUUUCUUAAACAUUUUUAGUCAUUUAGCAGACGCUCUUAUCCAGAGCGACUUACAGUUAGUGAGUGCAUACAUUUUCAUACUGGCCCCCCGUGGGAAUCGAACCCACAACCCUGGCGUUGCAAACGCCAUGCUCUACCAACUGAGCUACAGGGCCUAUGGGAGAUGUAGUCUGGGAGCUGUUUAUGCCUCUGCACCUUGUAGCUGCUUUACUAUCAGACUGAUAUUGCAUGGCAUGCAUGCUGGGGAAUGACCUGACUGUUUAGUCUGCCUGUUUAGAUCCUCUACAGUAUAUUAUUCUCUGUGGGGGGUAAAAAGGUCCUGAACCCUUUUUAACUGUGUAUUUUGACUGCUCUGUUCAUGUAUGAAUGUUGUGACAUGUUGUUGAUCAGUUGUUUGUGUGUAUGUGUGUGUUUGUCCUGUGUCUUUGAGUCACUCCAGAAUUAGGGGAUGUAGUAUCUAUGCCCUUUCUCUGUCACACACCUCAUAUUUGCAGGGAGUGUGUUCAUGUGACCGUUCCAUUCAGUCUCUCUGUUCCAUAUGUGUUGGUGUGUGAGUGUGUAUGUGUGUGUGUGUGUGUUUUCUGCGUGUGUAUGUGUGUGUGUGUGUGUGUGUGUGUGUAUUUGUGUGUAUACAUGUCUGUGUUUUAUAUUGUUGUCUUUUAUGAGUGUCUUCAGUGUCUUCAUGUGAGUAUUUCACUGUGUGUGCCUUUUUCCAGUCAGUGUGUGAUUGUGUCUCUCUCUCUGUGUAUGUGAGCUUCAGCCAGUUUGUUCAUGUUUACAGUGUGUCUUUUUACCAGGAGGGUCAGACCACCAUGUUCAUUCCCCACGAACACCCUCCCUCAUCCCCUCCUCCCUCUGUCUGUCACCGCCCCACCUCACCAUCCAACUAACCAUGGGAGUGACACCACCCACAGACACACACACAUAGAGAGAGAGAAGGACUGGCAACAAGACUGGAUGGCAGAAUCACACAGAUUUUAGAUGGUCUUUCAGAUUGUCUUUUAGAUUGUCAGACACAAACAGACAAUCUAAAACCAUGUACAGUAGAAACAUAAUGAUCACCAAGAGACACUAUUUUCAGCUACCAUAAGUGUUCAGGUUAUUCAUACAAAACCUUAAAAGGUGGUAUUCCAAACAAAUACCAUGAUAUUUAUGUGACAUGAAUCAUCCUCACCCUACUGGCUAAAGAGUAAUGUAUACACAUUUGAGGAAAGCUUAUCAGCUGGAAGUCUUAAACCUUGUGUUAAGAGGAUUUUAUCUACAUGGGUUAUGCAUAUUGAAGGAUGCUUGUUAAGUGAAGGAUGCAUAUUGAAGGAUGCUUGUUAUGAAGGAUGCAUAUUGAAGGAUGCAUAUUGAAGGAUACUUGUUAUGUGAAGGAUACUUGUUAUGUAAAUGAUGCAUUUUGAAGGGUACUUGUUAAGUGAAGGAUGCAUAGUGAAGGGUACUUGUUAUGUGAAUGAUGCAUAUUGAAGGGUGCUUGUUAAGUGAAGGAUGCCUGUUAUUGUGCACCACUAAUAUUUUAGUCAUUUAGCAGACGCUCUUAUCCAAAGCAACUAGGGUUAAGUGCCUUGCUCAAGGGCACAUCAACAGAUUUUUCACCUAGUCGUCUUGGGGAUUCGAACCAGCGACCUUUCGGUUACUGGCCCAAAGCUCUUAACUGCUAGGCUAGCUGCCGCCCUAAUGUAAAUGUGUUUAACUUUUGACCCACAUACACACAGUCCUCUGGCCUUCUGAGUGGGAUGUCAGAGAGGUUAUGCUGUCUUUUAAGGCUGAGAGAGAUGAGGAGGCCAGCUGGUGUCACUAAUACCCACUGCACAUUUAGCAUAACAGUGCCAACAAUGACUAAUGUUGCAUUUCUCUCUCUCGUGUAUACACACACACACAUAGUGUUCUUUCGCUCGCUCGCACACAUACACGCAUACGCAGUCACAGAAACACACAGAAACACACAGAAACACACAGAAACGCACAGAAACACACGUACGUAUACAAAAAUAUACACUUCACCCCUCCGUCCUCCACUCCCUCCGUCCUCCACUCCCUCCUCAUCCCUCCUGUCUUUUCUACCUCUUGCUAAAUCUAAUCUCUUCUCUCGGUUCAUGCCAAUAUAUAAUCAAUUAUAUUUCUACCAUUUUAUAGCCUACAUAUCCAUUCUUCACUGGGUUUAUUUGUCUGAUUCAAAAUAUUGUAUCUUUAUGUUACUCAUGAUCAUAUCUAUUCAUUAGUAUACAUUCUUCGUAAUGUAUUAGCAGAGAAGUACAGUAGCUACUGUUGCACAAUAGUUUUUAUUUAUAUAUAUUUUGUUUUUUUAUGGUAUCUAUAGCCAUCCCCAGUUAGUUCCACUGAACAAAAGGACAACUUUUCCUCAAUUGCAGUCACCCUGUUUCUAUUUACACCUGAUGGUUGUUUAACAAAAGAGAUCAUAGGAGGUUCAACUAGUCAAAAGGUUGCUUUGCUCUUCUUGACCUUGAAUUUGACAUUUUAUUUACUUGGCUAUCUCUCUCAGGUCAUUUCUCAUACAGUAGCUAUUAAGUUCACUGAUACUGAAAUGUGAGUUGGUGUGGAAGAGAGCAGACUCAGAAAGCAGCUUUGGCACCGUACACUUGUUCAGAUGCUGUCUGUUGUGCUGGCUGUAUCUGGGUCUGUUCUAUGCUCUUUCCAGUCAACAUGAUGGUUGCAUGUACACCUGCAGGAUCCCCAUGCAAAUAGCCAGAGACAGUUUCCUAGUGGAUAGUUUCAAUAUCAAAAGAGAACUUACCAUGCUUACUGUACCACACCAUUGCAUGUUUAAAAGUCAAAGCUCUUCAUGCUACCAGGCAAGAAAUGUAUUUUUUCCAAAUAGAGGUGUUGUUGGAGUGACUUGAGUCAAAGGUUCAUGGGUCAUACGUAGCAAAUUCUCAAAGUUAGAUUCUCUGUUGAUAUAAAAAUGAGUUUUGGGGCAGCUAUGCUUGCAGUGAGCUAUAAGAAAUUAAACUGUAUAAAACAUGUGUUUGUAUGUGUGGUGUGACUGUGUCUUUGUGUGUGUAUUGUGUAUGUGUAUGUGGUUGUGUUAUUUGUUUUCUAAGGUUUGUAAUGUAAUGUCUGUUGUGGAUGGGUGAGAGUGUGUGUGAGUGUGUUGAAUAACGAGAUUGCCUGCAUGCAUGCUGUUCAGCCUGACUAGAAUAUUUAACUUGCCUGGUUUUGUGGGUGUGUGUAUGGGAGAGGUUGUGUGUGUGUGUGUGGGUAAGCCUGUGUGUUUAUCGACAUGUGUAUGGCAUGUGUAUGUAUGUGUGUGUAAGUGUGUGUCCCAGGCGGACAGGUGUGUGUCCCAGCCCCAGGUUGGUUCGGGGCAGAGGCAGUAACUCCUGUCCCUCUACCUGCAGGUAGCAGACAGCGGAGCAGCACCAGUCACCAGCAGACCUCUCUCUGUUUGUCUCUGGCUCUGGCUGUGUGUCUGCUGCUGCCUCCGCUGCUGCUCUCACUGUCAGUGCUGGCUGAUCUGGCUUGUCAACCCCCCCCCCCCCCCCCCCCCCCCCCCCCCCCGGAGCCCCCCUUGCUCCCUCGCCCUUAGCUCCUUGCACCUCUUCUUCAGCUCCCACUGUCUGGCCCCUUCCUCUCCCCCCUUUCCCCCUGGGCUCCCCCUCUGCCACCUCCCCAUGGCUGCCCUGCUUCUGGGCAGGGGCACAUCCCUCCCCCUGGGGUCCCUCCCAGGACUGGUGGGGCAAGGUGGGGGGCGAGGCGAAACAAGGCGGGGGGCCUGUGUCAGUGUGCCUCUCUGUGUGUCGCUCCAGGUUACGGGCUAAUGCAGGAGGAGCUGCUCUCCCCUCCCUCCAUGCAGUACAGCCUGCCCUCCCCGCUCGGCAAUGAGCCCUACUGGCAGGAAGUCUCCAGUCUGGAGUGUGCUCCCAUGGCCAUCACAGAGGAGGACACACUCAUGGAGAUGUCCGAUGUGCAGGUGUGGCCCUCGGGCAACAUCCCCUCCCUAGUGGCCGUGGAGGACUCCUCACUGGAGUGCAGCAAUGCUGAUGACUCGGAGGGGCUGCUGGGGAUGCCGUACGGGAGCCUGGGCCGGCCAGGCAGCGGGGCUAGCGGAGGGGGGCUGAGUGGCUCCAUGGAGCUGGUGGAAGACAACUCAGAGAUGGGGGCUGUUGACUCGUUCAGCACAGCCACCCCUGCCACCCCUGCCUCGUUCAGCACAGCCACCCCUGCCACCCCUUCUUCGUUCGGAGGCACCAUCGCCGCCACGUUAUACAACGUUAAUGGGCUGGACAAGGGUCAAGGGUCAAAGGUCGUGAAGUCAGAGGCAGCAGCGGUCAGAGGCAACAUGGCGGGUGGAGAUGGAGCUGGAGUUGAAGGAGGAGGAGGAGGAGGGACAGGCUCAGAGGAAGGGCUUUCUCUUGUUGCAGGACAACAGCAGCGAGUGUACACCCGGCUGAGCAAGUCACCCAGUCUGAGCCGCGUGGCAGAUCGUAAUGGAGACAGGUGAGUGUCCUCAGACCUCAGUCAGUCUGCAGCUCAGCUGGACACAGCACUGGCCAGACAGGGGGUAGUCCAGACACUCACCUCUGAGACAACUGAGCCUUAGGACACUUCAAUGUUGCCGUGUUUCCUAACCUAAUAAUACAAUAUUUACUUUUAGUAACAGAAUGUCUAUGAAGGACUAUUAGUCAGCUUUUGUUUGACACACAUUUGACACACAUUGGCCUCUCUCUCCUCCUUUCACUCCUUUGUCACUUCUCCUCUCACUUGUCCUCUCUCUCCACCUCUCUUCAUCUCUCUCCUCCUUUCUCCUAUUCUCACUCAUCCUCUGCCUCCUUAGGUCCAGUGGUGGCAGCAGUGGUAGUAGAGGCAGUGGUGGAGGUGGUGGAGGCUCUUUCCUGUCCUACCUGCAGGAGCAGUCAGGUCCAGGUUGGCAACCUGUCACGGACCACACUCAGGCCUGGUUGGGCUCACAGACAGCCAAACCCAGGCAGGCCAUGGACUCAAUGAUGUCAUCAGUGCGCGCUGCCAUGGACGUGGACCCCAGUCAGUCCCGCGUGUCCCAGGAGGCCUUGCUUCAGCCAGUGCGGGACAUGGGGCACUCUGAGCUCCUGCGUGGGCAUUUCAGGGGCACCCAGCCGUUUGAGAAGGGCCUGGGGUUCCCUCACAGGGUGCCAGAGCUGCAGACCUGGGACGACGUAUGCCUGAGGCGGCAGGUGAGUGGGAAACCCAUCUUAUUAUUGGGGUGGCAGGUAGCCUAGCGGUUAAGAGCGUUGGGCCAACAACCGAAAGUUCACUGGUUCAAAUCCCCAAGCCGACUAGGUGAAAAAUCUGUAGAUGUGCUCCUGUAAGUCGCUUUGGAUAAGAGUGUCUCCUAAAAUGUAAAUUCUGUACAGUAGGACUUGUAUGAUUACAGUCCAAACCCAGUGACAGAAGGCUAUAACUGAAUUAGAUUAUAUAUACUGUAAUCCCUCUCUCCUCUCAUGCCCACACACAUACAAACAGAAGGCCCAAGAAGGGCACAAACUGCCUGUCAAGCCAAAUAUAGCAGCCCCUGUCACCGGAUCCCCAAUCCCAGCCCAUCACACGUGUCAUCUAGCAUUCUGGCACUGCACCAGAGCACUCUAAAGGACAGCUCAACUUUGCUACGCAGUGAGAGGGCAAAAGGGGCUAUUUCAGUCUCUGUGGGCUAUCCCUGGUAGGAAGUUAUAUUGGGACUCCCAGGUUAUAUUGGGACUGCCAGUGUGUUGGUACAGUAAGAACAGACUACAAUGUUGCCCAUACAGAAUAAGUGGCAGGAAAUGGUCUUGCUGCAGACUAUCUGCAUCUUACUGUACUGGGUAAGUAAAAUAGAUCCCAAACCAUUACAGAAUAAUUAUGUGUGGUGGUGGAACAUACACCUACAUGCCAUUGGAAUAAUAAUGUAAGUGUGAAAGUAUGGUUGUGUGUACCAGAGGGAGUACAGUAUGAGUACCUGAGGGAGUAUAGUAUGAGUACCUGAGGGAGUAUAGUAUGAGUACCUAAGGGAGUUCUGUUGGUCAGGGUGCAAGUCUGUUAUUCUCACUCUCAGCCUCUCAGCCUUACAGAGCAGAGCACCUCUCUGGAGCAGCCAGAGGUAUUUAAAGAGUGCAGAUCACAUGGCUGGAAGAUAGAGAGGGAGCAGGGGGUUGUUUUUGGAAGUGCAGAAGGGAGAGAGCGAGCGAACGAAAGAGAGAGAGAGAGGGAGAGGAAAUUUAAGCCUCCCAAAGUUGCAGCCACCUGGAUCUGAUGGCAUGGGUCAGCCAUUCCUACUGACCAGCUGACAGACGGAGAGAGAGAGGGAGACGGAGCCAGAGAAAGAAGGAACAGGGUCUGGUGGAGUAGAGCUUGCUGAAGAAGGGACACAAACGGAGGGAGAGAAAGAAGGACAAGACGCCAGCCCUGUUGAGAGGAGAGAAGGCCUGA